AUGGCUUCCCAAAUUGGGGACACCGAGAAGCCCUCGGCCUUCCCCACCAAAGUCAGUGCGGAUCAUGUAGAGCUGAAUUCUUUGAAGGCACUGUCUGUGGACAUUCUGCACAACGAUGAGGCGCUGCGAGUCUUUGCACAGGACCACGGCGACGAUGCUUGGUCUCCUCAAGAGGAGAAAAGACUUCUCCGGAAGCUAGAUUGGAGACUACUUCCCCUUCUAUGUUUCACAUACGGUCUACAAUAUUAUGAUAAGGCCAUGCUGUCGCAAGCUGCUAUCUUUGGCAUCAGAGAGGAUCUGGAUCUCAAUGUUGCAAACCGAUACAGUUUCAGCUCCUCAGUCUUCUAUAUUGGCUUCCUCUUUGGCUCAUAUCCGUGCUCUCUGCUCGCACAAAAGUACCCAAUUGAACGCGUUGCUGCUGGUCUCACUGUCGUCUGGGGUGUCAGUCUCAUGACCACGGCUGGCUGCACGAACUAUCAAGGUCUUUGGGCUCAGCGCUUCUGUCUCGGUUUCUUGGAAGGUGGAAUCUCACCAAUCUUUAUGAUUGUGGUCGGAGGCUGGUAUCGUAAACAGGAGCAAGCUCUUCGCAUAGGUGCAUGGUACUGUUGUACAGGCUACGCAGGCGUCGUCUCACCACUUAUCAAUUACGGUCUUGGGCAGAUUAAAGGAUCUCUUUCGCCGUGGAAGUACAUGUACCUGGUUGCUGGCGCAAUUACAAUCGUCUGGGCCGUCAUGAUCUUCUUUUGCCUUCCGGCCGACCCAAUCCGCGCCAAAGACUUUACAGCACGAGAGCGCUAUAUCGCCGUGGCCCGAAUGCAGGAGAACAACAGCGGCGUCCGCAAUAUACACUGGAAGGGAUCUCAAGUCGCCGAGUCACUCCUGGACGUUAGGUUCUGGCUUCACUUCUUCAUCGCACUCCUCCUGAGUGUUGCUAACGGCGCUUACUCGACCUUCACACCUAUCGUCGUGCAGGGAUUCGGAUUCAACGCCUUGAAUUCGCUGCUUCUCACUAUGCCAGCUGGCUUCGUUACUGGCUGCAUUGAACUAGGCGCUGCGUACGCCGCCUAUAAAUUCAAAAACAAAAGAUGUAUCAUUAUGUUGUGUUGCCAGGUUCCAACAGUUGUUUCAUCCAUCCUGCAGUGGCAACUUCCGCGCAGCAACAAAGGCGGCCUUCUCUUCGCUACAUAUAUCCUCGCUUCGUUCGGAGGCACUUAUUGCGUCCUCCUCGGUGUGGUCAUGGCAAACGCUGCUGGCUAUACUAAGAGGACCCUGAACGCUGCUGGUGUGUUCAUUGGCUAUUGUGUUGGCAAUAUCAUUGGGCCCUUGGUCUUCAAUUCUAAGGAUGCCCCUGCGUAUGCUCCUGCAUUUAUUGCUGUGCUUGCAACGGCGCUGGCUACCAUGGUUCUCAUCGCCGUCUACUGGUAUCUCGCAGUCAUGGAGAAUAAGAAGCGCGACGCGUCUGGUAUUCCAGAAGGCUUCGACCAUGCUUAUGAGGACGACCUCACCGAUAAGAAGAACCCACAAUUUCGAUAUACAACCUGA